AUGCAUAACCAUCCCGAAGGACCGAAGUACAUAUUGAUCAAGUCCACUGUCUGGGUUGAUGUGAGUAAACUUGAUAAGGUGCCCCACGAGUAUCGGUCGUGGUACCAUCACUACCAUGAUGGGCGAAGAGAGGGUCCCAUGCCAAAAAGUGAUGUGCCUUUAUAUGUGUUGGAAGAGAUGUACAGAGAAGGGACGACAAAUCCUAAGGAUGGAUUGGUAGUAAAUGUAAAGGAUCCCAAGCUCGGCGAUCCAGAGUCUCCAUUAUACUCCAACGUGGAUUCCAGCUGGAGCAUCGAAGAACGAGUGGUCAUUAAUUCAGAGGAUGAUCCAGAGGAGGAACCUGAUGAGGAGAAUGAUCCAGAGGGGGAGCCUGAAGAGGACUCAGAGGAUGAUUCAGAGGAGGAUCCCGAGGACGAUCCAAAGUAUGACCCGGAUGAGGACUAA